UCAAGUCACAAUUAUGUGUACUCCUGUACCGGAUUCAGAAAACAAAAAGUAUUUCUGCAGUCAUCCAUGUAAAAAUGAAAGAUUUAUAGUAUCAUCUGAUCGGACUUCUAUCGGGAGAUUCAGACUGAAAGAUUUUGGAAAAGGAACGUUUACAGUGACCAUCACUGAUCUACGGGAGACAGACACUGGGAAUUACCGGUGUGGAGUGGAUAAAGUAGACGAAUAUGAAAAGGUCAUUCUGAGAGUAUCCAAAGGUUUAAAUUGCAUGGAAACCUCAUGUAUACAGAUUCUCCUUGACCAGAUAGAGAAUAUUACAGCUAUCAAUUUAACGAAUGUUACCAUGUUCAUGGACAAGGUUUUCAGCAAUUCAGAGAAGAUAAACACAUCAUCAGUUGACCCAAAGAAACUAGCGUCAGAUGUGUUAAAAGUCAGUGAGAAGCUUGUGUCAAUGUUGGUGAAGCCAACAAACACCUAUGACAAUGUCAGUUUCACUCGUGCAGCUGUGGAGGCGCAAGUGUUUGUUGUUGGACCACAGGCCAACCUUGAUAAAAUCCCUCAGCUCAACACAUCAUAUGCUUCUAUAGACAUUGAUCUUAUUGGGAUCGCCAGGAACAAAUUGAAUUCAGGAUUAGCUGCUGUGGCUUUUAUGAGCUACAACACAAUGGAGGACCUACUGAAACCAGACUUCUUCAACACAUCAGAUAACACAGUUAAAACCAUGAUGUCCACUGUCAUCUCAGCUACUCUACCUAAAACCACCAACACAACCCUCACCAAACCAGUCAACUUCACCCUCAAACACAUCAGAGAGAUAAACGACAGUGGUAAUCUUUCCUGUGUGUACUGGAACAUCAGUGAGUGGAUUGUAGAUGGUUGUUCUGUUGUAAAGACCAACAGGAGUUUCACUGUGUGUUCAUGUAUUCAUCUGUCAACAUUCGCUCUCAUCAUGCAAACCAGCAGCAGAUCAUCAGAGGAUAAUAGUCAGCCGAUGGAGUCGAUGAAUUUGGUGUUUGUGAUCGUGGGUCUGGUGUUUACUAGUUUGGCUUUGUUGACUUUUGCUUUCUGUCGAUGGAAACCUGGAGUGAACAAUGUAGCUCGAAUCAACCUCUGCAUCAGUCUGCUGUCUGCUCAUCUUCUGUUCUUACUCACACAACGCUUCCUGACUCUCAUAAAACCUCACAAGGAGUUGUGUGCUGUGAUAUCAGGAGCUCUUCACUUCUUCUUUCUCUCCUGCUUUGUGUGGAUGUUCAUUGAAGCUGUGCUGCUCUUCAUCAAUGUGAAAAAUCUAUCACAGAUCAGCUCCAGACAGAGGGUGAUGCUUAACAAGGGAUUCUUGAUUGUGAUUGGUUAUGCGAUUGAUUUUGUUAUAGUGGGCGUGUCUGCUGGACUGGUUCCUGAAGGCUACGGCAGUGAAAAAUGCUGGAUUAAACAGGAGAAAGGCUUCAUCUGGAGUUUUCUGGGACCUGUUUGCUUCAUUCUUGCAAUAAACAUGAUUCUCUUCAUCAGUAUCUUCAUCAGUGUGAAGUUAACUCUCAAAAACCUCAACCUUGACGUUUCACACAUAAGACAAACCAAGAUUACUAUUUUUAAAAUUCUGUCCCAGUUUGUGAUUUUUGGUUGUCCCUGGAUUCUGGGUUUCUUUAUUCAUUACAGUAAGAUGUUUGAGUUUCUCUUUCUAAUCCUGAACUCACAGCAAGGAACCUUCAUCUUCCUCGUCUUCUGUGUCCUCAAUAAUGAGGUCAGACAACAGUAUGUAAAGUGGAUGAGAGCUGUCUUUCCCGGACUCGAACCAAAUACCUUAUAAGAUGCCCCACCCAAAAAAAAUAUUACAGUUAAAUAUAACUACAUUUAACGUUUAUGCAUUCAUAGUCUUAUUUUCUGUAAAUGUCAUACUUUAUACAAUAAUGCAAAAAUACAGUCAAUGUAAAUACAAUAUUUACUCUUGUUUA